UCAAACUACACUAACAAUUCAUCUAAUCGGAAGUAGGAAAAGCUCUCCUGCUGUGGGAUGUUCUUGUUUAGCUGAUUUUUAGGGCAGGUUUAGUUAAAAUGUGGUUUCUGGCUUGGUCUCGGAGCUUGCGCUUACCUGUGGAGCAAAUGUGUCAAGAGGCAGGAGACGGUUUCCGCUCGUGCGGUGUUGUGAUGGCUAACCGUCGUCGCUAGCAGGCUAGCUAGCUGUAUGGCUGGUUUUGGUGGUGCUGCAAAGAAAGCGAUAAUUAGCUUGCUAGAGGGCUACGCUCGCUUGGCUGUACAUCGUUUUAGGUAAAACGCUAUUUAUUGACACCACUGGUUCGGCCACUUGACUGGUAAUGCGUUGGAUAUCCCACUGAGGAAGAUCCCCAGAUGGAAAUUUGAUUGUAUACCAAGUGGAUUACUCAUCAAGCUUCUCAUAAUAAUGGAAUAAUUUUCUCCUCAACAUCAUGCGAGCCGUCAAAUCAGCUCUCGUCCUCUAUUACUGCAGAGAUUUUUUGUCCUCAUAUUUGGAUAUAUCGGCAAGAUUUUGAAAGACCAGCAGUCAGGACAGCGUGUGCAGUCUUUUCUUUAUUUUCAUGUGCUUCCGGUGAAACACUAGCUAUCCAUCUACUCGGGAUGGAUAUGAUCAAAUCCCUUUAAAGAUUAGCGUGAUACAGUGAGAAGGAGCCCCAAAGAAGUAAGUCCCGAGCAGGAUAGGUGCAGAAAAACUCCCUGCUCCCAAAGAAACAUGGCUUCGGUAUGGAAAAGACUGCAACGUGUGGGGAAACAUGCGUCCAAAUUUCAGUUUGUGGCUUCCUAUCAGGAACUGAUGGUGGAAUGCACUAAGAAAUGGCAACCAGACAAGCUGGUGGUGGUUUGGACACGCAGAAGUCGACGGAAAUCCUCCAAGUCCCAUAGCUGGCAGCCCGGCAUCAAAAAUCCCUACAGAGGAGUGGUGGUGUGGCCUGUUCCAGAGAACAUUGAGAUAACUGUCACUCUGUUUAAGGACCCCCAUGCAGAGGAGUUUGAAGACAAAGAGUGGACAUUUGUCAUUGAAAAUGAGUCUCCAUCAGGGCGGAGGAAGGCCUUGGCUACCAGCAGCAUCAACAUGAAGCAGUACGCCAGUCCGAUGCCCACACAGACAGAUGUCAAACUCAAGUUUAAGCCCCUGUCCAAAAAGGUGGUGUCAGCCACGCUGCAGUUCUCCCUCUCCUGCAUCUUCCUCCGUGAGGGGAAGGCCACUGAUGAAGACAUGCAGAGCCUGGCCAGCCUGAUGAGCAUGAAGCAGGCUGACAUUGGCAACCUAGACGACUUUGAAGAAGAGAAUGAAGAGGAUGAGGAGAACAGGGUUAACCAGGAGGAGAAAGCUGCUAAGAUCACAGAGCUGAUCAACAAGCUGAACUUCCUGGAAGAUGAGGAUCGGGAAGCAUCUCCUGCCAUGAACACCAAUCCCUUUGAUGAUCCAGAUGAUGAUCUUCAUCCCAACCACCUCAACCCAUUUGGUGAUCCUGAUGAGGAAGAACCCCCAGCCCAGCUGGUCUCGAGGCAGCGGGUCAACGACAAUCCCUUCUAUGACCACGACUCUUCAAAUCCCUUCAAUGAGCCAGAUGAACCCGAGACAGAAACUAUCCCGGGGAACCCCUUUGACGAGCCAGAACAGGACAUAGACCUCCAGCCAGACCCUGAACCCCCAAAACCCAGGCAGAGGAAAGGCGUACGGCCUGUUGACAUGAGCAAGUACUUGUAUGCCGACACUGCUCCAACUGAGGAUGAGGAACUGGAUGAAUCCAACCCAUUCUACGAGCCAAGGACAUCGAGCCCUGUGCAGCCCCCUACUGGCAGCCCCUCCCUGGAUGUGAGCGGCAGCCAGAAGAGGAGGGCUCCUCUGCCCCCCAGUUCCAGCCCUUGCCCCAGUGUGUCGGUUCCCAAACCCAGCUCGGGCCUUGACAAGGAGAGAACCCAGCCAGUUGGGCCCAGUGCAGUUGCAGCAGUGAUGGGGAGAGAGCUGGCCUCCUCGUCCCCCAAGCCCAGCCCUGUCCCGAGCCCAAUUCUGGGUGGGAAGCCCAAUGCCAGCCAGUCUCUGCUGGCAUGGUGCCGUGAGGUCACCAAGAACUACCGUGGAGUGAAAAUCACCAACUUCACCACCUCCUGGAGAAAUGGGCUGGCCUUCUGUGCCCUGCUGCACCACUUCAGACCCGACAUAAUAGACUACAAGUCGCUCAAUCCUCAGGAUAUUAAAGAAAACAACAAAAAGGCAUACGAUGGGUUCGCAAGCCUUGGUAUCUCCCGUCUCCUUGAACCAUCAGACAUGGUGCUACUGGCCAUUCCUGACAAGCUGACAGUGAUGACCUACCUUUACCAGAUUCGGGCCCACUUCUCUGGGGAGGAGCUCAACGUGGUGCAGAUAGAGGCCAACAGCAGUCGCAGCACCUACAAGGUGGGCGACUUUGAGACGGAUACAAAUGCCUCCAUAGACCAGGACAAGUUCUACGCUGAACUGAACGACGUGCAACAUCGAAAGACUAAUUUCGCCGGUACUGAGUCUAAUGGCACUAAAGUCACUGAGGAGGAGGCGAUAGAACCAGGUUGGAAGGAUGAAGAAGGAGCAGUGAGCUUGCCAGCAGCAGGGCCUUUACAGUCCCCCCCUUCCAUCCCUUCACCAUGCACAGCAUUAGCAGACUCAGCGACAGACUCGGAACGCGGUACACAGUCGAGUUCUGAGGACAGAGGGAGUCUACUCAAAGCCAACACUUUGGACCUCAGUGAGUUACCGCAGAGGGUAGAGAGAGAAAUGGAGAAGGAGAGACAGCAGAAGAAAGACAUGGGAGGGGAAAGAAGGGAGGGUAGUACAGAACCAGGGUCCCCCACCAGGAGAUGGCCCCCCUCUUCCUUUUCAUCAUCCUCUUCUCCACCUCAUCAGAAACUGGGAUUCUCCUAUAACAGGGAUGCAGACCUUAUAAAGAAGAAGAGGGCAAGUCUGCGUCACUCAGAGUCUGAGCCCGCCUCUGACACCAGCUCUCCUUCAGUCAACCACACAGACACGCCUCCUAAACAGGAGCCAACACCUGCCCCUGUAUCAAGUCCCCCCGCUGAAAAGAAGGUGCUGUCUCGUCAGGAGGAGCUGAAAGAGAGAGCCAGACUCCUCCUGGAGCAGGCCCGCAGAGAUGCUGCGAUGAAGGCCGGCAACAAGAACGUCCCCAACUCAGCUGUCAGUGCACCAAACAGGGCCACAAACGCCUGUGAUGAGCGAGAUGCAGAGCGACGAAGGCAGCUGAGAGAGCGAGCCCGACAACUGAUAGCUGAGGCCCGAUCAGGAGUGAAGAUGUCUGACAUGAGCAUGCUGGACGCUUCCAGCACUGACAGAUGCAAGGGCAGCAAGGCUGGUCCUGCUGGAGCCACAGAUAUUUUUGACGAGGUGAGAGGUCAUCUUGAGGAUGAUGCAGUCGAUGGUGAAAAGGGCGCAGAAGAAGAAAAGGGUAGAGAAGAGGAAGAGCAGCUCCAUUUUGGUGGAGGUGGAGAUGGUUAUGAUGACGAUGAUGAUAUUGGUGCUGCUGCCACAUCUGCAUCUGUGCUGGUUACUAACCCACUGCCACUGGAGGCAUUUCUUCCAGCCACCUCUAGCACCCAGGGGCCCCUGGAGCUUACUAACCUCAGCUCUGAGCUAACUUCUCUAGGUACAAACAGUAAGCAUGUAGAUUUGAAGCUGAAGAAGCUGGUGGAGGUCAGCCCAAGAAGAACCACCUCUCCUUCAUCCCCGUCCUCCACCUCCUCCUCUUCCUCACCCACUGCCUCCUCUACCUCCCCACUCAGCCCUGCAGAGGGCCAGGAGAAUGCAGAGGAGCUGCGAGCAGAGCGUCUGCGCAGAGCGACUGAGAGGUUGCGUAGCCCAGUUGUCUUCAACAAGGACUCUGCAGUCAGGAAAACACAGCUGAAAUCCUUCAGCCAGUACGUGGAGAGCCGACCAGAGAUGAAAAGACAGAAAUCUGUCCCAGAGGACCUGAGGAAGGCUGAAGAGGAUGGAGGUUCACCUACAGAGCUCGACAUCUGCCGGCCAUUUGAAGAAGAGAAGGCGUUCAAAGACACCAGUCAGUAUGUGGUUGGGGAGCUGUCUGCACUGGAGAGUGAGCAGAGGCACAUAGACGCCCGAGCAGCUCGCGUGGAGAAGAGGCUGCGCUAUCUCAUGGACACAGGCAACAACAAAGAAGAGGAGGAGGCCAUGAUGCAGGAGUGGUUCAUGCUGGUCAACAAGAAGAACGCACUCAUCAGAAGACAAAACCAGCUCUCUCUGCUGGAGAAAGAGCACGAUCUGGAGAGACGCUUUGAACUGCUGAACAGGGAGCUGAGAGCCAUGCUGGCCAUCGAGGACUGGCAAAAGACAGAGGCCCAGAAGAGGCGAGAGCAGCUGCUGCUGGAUGAACUGGUCAUACUGGUCAACAAGCGAGAUGCACUGGUCAGGGACCUGGAUGCCCAGGAGAAACAGGCCGAGGAGGAGGACGAGCACCUGGAGAGGACGCUGGAACAGAACAAAGGAAAGAUGGCCAAGAAAGAAGAGAAAUGUGUGCUUCAAUGAUUGUCAUUUCAGAGGAAAUACAACCAACAAAUGUAGCCGAUAAAGAAAUGUAACAUGAUUAUUAUAACUGAUACUCUGAUAUGUUUGAUAGUGGUUUUCUUGGGCAUUUCUCUGUUAUCCAAACUCUGAUAUGGACUUUUUUAUUAUUAUUAAUGGUCAAAUUUAGUGCAGAGAUCCAGCCCUUUGCACCAACUUUAUAUGAACUCAACGUUUCCUCUUAUAUAAAAGAUUUUUAUUUUAACCUAUCUUUGCUUUAACCUGAAUGGUACUUUAAUGUAAUAUAAAAUGAGUAAGAGGAGAGCAGACGGUGUGAUGUUUGCAUGUUGUGAUGCUGCAGCACCCUGUCCCUGUCUGACCAGUAGGUCUGAGGUACAGCACAACUGGGUUUACUGGGGGGAUUUUUCAUUUCUUUUUUUUUUUUUUUUGUUUCUUCAUCAUUUUGUGGAGAUGAUGAAGUGGUCGAUGUUGUACAAGAAAAAAGUCAUAAUAUCGGUCUUUCAAAGCUACUUCAUUACUUGACUGUGUAUCUUUUAAUAAUUUCACUUUUUACUUGUAAAAUAUCUUAAAGGGGGAACCGUUCAUAAAUCUUAACUUUCUAUUCCUUUUUUAUUGUCUUGGCUUGAAAGCAGUUUACCAAAAGAAAGAUCAAUGUUUGAGAAAAAAAAAUCUCAUGUUGUAUAUUUUCAUCACUGCUCUGCUUCCAAAAUCCUCUUUUUUGUCAGGAUUCAUGCAGUCAAAACAAAAAUAUAUAUAUAUAUAUAUUAUUUAUUGUCCUUUUAAGCUGCUUGUAAGUGAAGCUACCAUCACAGUUCAUGUGCAUUUUUUGCUCUACAACUUUUUUGGUUUGUAUUUAUUGUAUUCUGAAGAAGAGAAAUAUGCUUCCACGUGCAUCACUUAGAGCUCCACAGGUGCAGUUUGUCCUUUAACGUGUUCAGCAUUUAUCUUGUUUAUUUAUUCCAGUGUCAUAACCCAAGUCUUCAAUAAUAAAGUCCUUAUGAUUUCAU